UUUAAAUGAUAAAAAAACUAUAUUUUUUUUUCAAUAUCUAAUUUCUCUCUCAGUUAUAUUAACUAUUUUUUGUCAAUUGCAAAGUUUUUACCAGUUUUUAUCACAUAUUAAAAAUUCUCUCACAUAUUAUUGAUCAAAUGAUCUGAAAAUAUAUUUCUGUCAAUUCCACUUGUAUUCAAUCUUUUAUUCUUAUUGUGAUUCUAAUCCUUACCAUCACACUAAAUUUCCCUCUCAUUCUUACCUUCAAUAUCACUCCAUUCUCAUCACUUUCACUCACUCUCUCACCCUUGUUCUCACUUAACCAACAUUUUCAUCCUCUCUCUCUAUCAUUCAAACUUCUCAGCUACAUUUUUCUUGAUUGAGUAUGUCUGGACAAAUUAUUUUGGUCAACUAGUAAUCAAUCAAAAAUUAGUUAGAACAUAAAUCAUCAAACUUAAUGAUGGGUUGUUGAUUUGUAUAUAUCACAUCUCUUGAUAAACGCCCAAAUCCAUAUUGGGCCGGCCCUUUGAAAAACUCAAACGAUCUCUUUCGCUAACUAGGACAUUUAUUAUGGAAAUCAAGCCUUUUUGAACGGAUGCAAGAAAAAGCGAGGGAAAAUUAUUUAGACUUUGGUUUCUUCUGUAUCACGUCUCCGGAGGCCUGAGAAUUCGCUUCGUCUUGGCGAUUUCUGCUUCCGACUCCGCUCACUUGCCGCACUCCAGAAAGUGCUAGAAUAUAGUACACCUGUUUCUAGGAUUAAAGCAGAGAUAAACGAAGAAACAAUAUGAGUCGAGAGGAACACGACGCAGCUUAUGGAGUAGCCCUUGAAGUCGAAUGCGCUUACUCUCUUUUAGGAGUCAAAAGAAUCGAGUUACUACAGCUACUAGAAACUAGACGCAUGUGUGAUAUCUUAAUCACGGUAAUAUGGGUGACAUGUGCAUGUAAGUAAGAACAUAGUCUAUCUAUCUCUAUCUCGCUGCCUCUUUUUUCAACAAGUCACUGAAGAUAACAAUAGGUAGACUUUCCAACGAACAAAAACUUAGGGCACCAUGACAAUGAAUGUAAAGAAUAUAGUACUCGUUGAUAAAUGCUGUCCAUAUAAGCUGUUUGGACACAAAUGCAGAAAUGAAAUAAGUUGUCCUCAUUUUCGCAAGGGGUCUGAAAAGUCAAUGGUCGUCGUUUGGAGUCAAUGUAGGGCUAUAUGACUAUGAUGAUAAGUUGUGAUGUUAGGACUUAGGAGUGAAUGAGAUUAUCUAACAAAUGAAUGGUGUCAAGGAGUGGUAUACAUUUUCUUUUUCUUUCGUCUCCAUCCACCUAUCAAUAUCUCCACUAAAAAUGUUUUGUUUCUUCUCCUCCAUAUUUGAUUAUAAGUCCGGAAAUCUAAUCACUAAUAGGUAUAAUAAUCACAAUGCAGUGCACGCAAGUUUGUACAGAUUAGAAAGCAACAUCGUAGCUGAGAAGUUUAAAGUGUUUUGGUUUCUUUCAAUUUUGUAACCACUAUAAGAUUUUAAUUCCUAGGUUUAUUUAGUGACAUUUAUACUAUUUAAAAAGCAACACGAAAAGUGGAUAAGAGAAAAAUAAAGCUAUGCUGCCUAUAAUAUUUUGAUAGUUGAAUACUAACAUAGUUAUUUAGUAUAUGCAUGUCAACCUCCAAAAUAAACUAUGAAUUUGGAAGCCAAGUGCAAACUAGUCUUUCUAUGUUAAGAAACAUCGAUUGUGCAUCUAUAUGAACCAACUGUCCUUAAUAUCGUAUCUACGUAAUCAGUGACUAUUUAGAUGAAUAAACUAAGUUAGAUGUCUACUCAAAUAAAUACUCUCCCUCUGUUUCAUUAAGCUAGAUGUUUUAGAAGAAAAAAAUGUUUCCAAAAGAUAGAUUUUUUGUAUUUUCUACGAAAAAAUUGUGAUUUUCGAUAAAUUAAUUGACUUUAUUGAAUUAUUAUUAGCUAAAAGUUCUUGAAAAUCGAAAAUUACAUGAUACAUUUAUUAUAGUGAUUUAAUAUGUUUUUUAAAAUAUAUGUGAAAACACUAAAAAUUUUAUAUUUGUGAAACGGAUGGAGUAUCUAUGUAUCAUGGUUAUAUGAUGUGGUAAUCUUUUAAUUCUAAAUAAUUUUUUUUAUCUAUGUAGCAUGUUCAAAUAGUCCAUCUUGAUUUGGUAUUUUGGAGAUAAACUCCAGUUAUUGCUAUUGGAACGUUUUCUACAGGGGUCUAUCAAAUAUCCCACACAUCGUGGAGAUAGACGUGGAGAUAGACGGUCGUAGAGUAUCAAUCUUCCACUUAAAAAUUUUCAAAUUCAGUGAAAGUGAAAAUUCUACACGUAAUGAAUGCUCUGUACGAGACAUUUAAUUGUAAUUCCCGAAUUUGAUUUUUCAAACCUUAAGUUUUAAAGGACAAUUAAAACAUUACAACCACGCGUAUAUAUAUACCGUAUAAGAAUUGUGAUCUGCAGAGCUCAAAUAUCUUCUUUUUUGCUCGUCCUUCAGUUUCCAUGGAGAUAGAGCAGAGAAAGAUCAUGAAGAGAGAAGAAAAUGAAAACAAUAAUCAGCCCUCACUACAAGAAGAGGGACAAGAAACAGAGGAAGAGAUGUCUGGGAGGAAGAUUGAACCAUGGACGAAGCAGAUAACGGUUAGAGGCGUGUUAGUGAGCAUAGUGAUCGGAGUUGUGUUCAGUAUAAUAGCUCAGAAGCUAAAUCUUACUACAGGAAUUGUCCCUCAUCUCAACAGCUCUGCAGCUUUCCUGGCUUUUGUCUUCGUCAAGACAUGGACUAAGAUUCUCAAGAAAUCAGGAUUUGUCUCAAAGCCAUUCACAAAACAAGAGAACACAAUGAUUCAGACAUCUGCUGUUGCUUGUUACAGCAUUGCCGUCGGAGGAGGGUUUGCUUCGUAUCUUCUGGGGUUAAACCAUAGGACAUAUGAGUUAUCUGGUGCGAACAUGGAGGGUAAUUCUGCGAAGAGUGUGAAAGAACCAGGUCUUGGUUGGAUGACUGCUUAUGUAUUUGCCGUUUGUUUCGUCGGUCUUUUCGUCUUGAUCCCUCUCCGUAAGGUUAUGAUUAUUGACCUUAAGCUAACAUACCCGAGUGGUUUAGCUAGUGCUGUGCUCAUCAAUGGCUUCCACACACAAGGAGAUGCACAGUCCAAGAAACAAGUGCGCGGUUUCAUGAAGUACUUCUCAAUUAGCUUCUUGUGGGGCUUUUUCCAGUGGUUUUUCUCUGGCUUAGAAGGUUGUGGGUUCGCUCAGUUCCCAACCUUUGGCUUGAAAGCUUGGAAACAAACGUUCUUCUUUGAUUUCAGCAUGACAUUUGUAGGAGCAGGAAUGAUAUGUUCACAUCUGGUUAACCUCUCUUUGCUUUUAGGAGCUGUCCUCUCUUAUGGCUUAAUGUGGCCUCUUCUUGAUAAACUCAAAGGCUCUUGGUUCCCUAAUAAUAUCGAUGAAAAGAACAUGAAAAGCUUAUACGGUUACCAAGUCUUCUUAUCCGUAGCUCUAAUCCUCGGAGACGGUCUCUACACUUUCGUUAAGAUCCUCUGUGUCACCAUUAUUAGUAUCAACGCAAAACUGAAGAAACAACCUAACGAUCUUGAUGACGUGAGUGACAAGAAACAACCAAAGUUUCUCAAAGAAGAUGAGAAUUUCCUCAGAGACAAAAUACCGAUGUGGAUCGGAGUGGCCGGAUACUUAACCUUCGCUGCUGUCUCAACCUUGGUGGUUCCUCUGAUAUUUCCUCAGCUCAAAUGGUACUACGUUAUUGUAGCUUACAUUUUCGCGCCAUUUCUUGCUUUCUGUAACGCCUAUGGAGCUGGACUUACAGACAUCAACAUGGCUUAUAACUAUAGUAAAAUCGGUCUGUUCAUUCUCGCGGCUGUGUCGGGUAGAGAGGACGGAGUUGUGGCCGGACUAGCCGGAUGUGGACUGAUCAAAUCGGUUAUUUCGGUUUCUUGCAUCUUGAUGCAAGAUUUCAAGACGGCUCAUUACACGAUGGCGUCACCUAAGGCUAUGUUCGCUAGCCAAAUGAUCGGAACGGUCGUGGGAUGCAUCGUGUCGCCUUUAAGUUUCUUCUUGUUUUACACAGCGUUCGACGUUGGAAACCCUAAAGGAGAGUUUAAGGCUCCUUACGCGUUGAUUUACAGGAACAUGGCGAUUCUUGGGGUGGAAGGCUUCUCUGCUUUGCCUCUUCACUGUCUCCAGAUGUGUUAUGGGUUUUUCGGGUUUGCAGUUUUGGUCAACGUCGUCAGGGAUGUUAGUCCGGCGAAGGUUGGGAGGUUCAUGCCGCUUCCGACGGCGAUGGCGGUUCCAUUUCUGGUCGGAGCUUAUUUUGCUAUUGACAUGUGUGUAGGGACUUUGAUUGUGUUUGUUUGUGAGAAGAUGAAUAGGAAGAAAGCAGAGGUUAUGGUUCCGGCGGUCGCCUCAGGGCUAAUUUGUGGGGAAGGGCUUUGGACUUUACCGGCGGCGGUACUUGCACUCGCUGGAGUAAAACCUCCGAUAUGUAUGAAGUUUUUUGCUUCAUGAAGGGAACUGAUCACUUAUGCAAAGUAAAGGGUUAUCUGAUCAUCCUAUUCUAAAUAUAAUAAGCAGACGUGUGAACAAGAAUCUAUCUUUCUUUUUUUUGGGUAGGAAUUUGCAGGAACUAGGGUAAAACCUACUUGCAUAGAGUCGUGAUAUAAUCAAAUAAUGUGAAGUUGUUUUUUUUGCCUUUUUUUCUUACGUCAACAGAACCUUCUCUGUUAUUACCUUUGCAUCUUACUUGGGUUGUCUGAAACAGUUAUGGUCGUUGCCUCGUUGGCCCAUAUAUUUUAACAUUCGUGUCCAUCUA